UAUCGAUACCGCGCACAGUAGUUAAGUGACAGCUGCGUUUUCCUCCUCCUAUGUUUUAAUUAAAUAAAGGAAAAUAGCCAUAAUUAUCAAAUAAAAUGACGCUAUAUCAUUUUGGAAACUGCGUAGCUUUGCUGAUGCCAUACUACUUCACCUAUAAAUACUCUGGCCUCUCGGAAUAUGGGGCAUUCUGGAAGUGCGUGCAGGCGGGAGGCAUCUACAUAUUCACUCAACUCUGUAAGAUGCUCGUCCUGGCCACAUUCUUCUACUCGGACACAUCCUCCACGGGCAACGGAGAAUUUAAUUUCUUUGCGGAAAUCUUUCGGUGCAGCGUGGACAUAGCCGAUUUGCUUGGUUUUGCCUUGAUUCUGAGUCGCAUACCCGGCAAAGGACAUUCCAAACUAAUUACGGCUGGCCUUGGCUGGGCCACUGCCGAGGUAAUACUCUCACGUGGCAUUAUGCUCUGGGUUGGUGCCCGUGGCACUGAAUUCAGCUGGAUCUACAUACUCAAGUGUCUGGAGUCGAAUGUUAUGCUGGUUCAGCACAUAUCCACGGCCACGCUCAUUUGGCUGUUUACGCGCCACGAUCUGAACAAGGCACUGAAGCCAUUGGUUAGCGUACUGCUGGCCGUGACCGUCUUCAAGGGUGUCUGGCUAGAGGGUCUCCUACAUAUCCUGACCAUUGGACCCUGGCUGACGAUUGCCGUGAAGGCUUUGGUGGCUGCCAUCAUUGGCUUCUGCACGCUGCACAUUUACUCGGGUCUGGCCCAGCAAAUUGGCAUUUAAGCGCCGUCAGUCAGCCAGUCAUAAUUGUAUUCCUUUUGUUUAAUAAUUUUUUUUUAUUUUGGUGUUGUCAUAGGAGAGAUUGAGAGAGAUUUUGUAACAAAGACAACAAGAGUAAGGUUUUAGAAAAUAUUACGAACAAAUGUUGAUGAAUUAUUAUAACUAUAAUAACGUAAUAGUAACAAAAAG